AUUUUUUUUUCCUCAAAUUUAUUUCUCCGGAAGAAGCAAACGUUGGAAGUUUGGGACUAGAUCCAUAAUUACUUUGCAAAUCUAAUAAAAACAUUAAAUUCUACCAGAAAUGUCUGAUAAUCGAAGACGACGCUAUCGUAAACCAAAGGAAGAAAAAAAGUUGGAGGUUCAACCGAAAAUCUUGCUGAAAUCAAAAACCGAGUCGAAAAAUGAUAACGAAAAUACAGCUUCCGGGUCCCAUGCAAAACCUCCGGAACAAUCCUCGAGCGUCCAGAUACCACAUAAAACAAUAAUCUUUCAAAAAUCAUCUGCCCAGAGCCCGAACAUUAGUCCCAAUAUAACAGUGCAACCACAACCGAUUACCACAACGGAUGCACAAAACAUUGUGGAGCCUGUCUACCAAAUGAGUCGACCAGCCACGGUGAUAUCAUCGACGGGCACAAUCAAUGUGGGAACAAAAAAGCUGCUAAUGAAAGCCAACACAGACUUCUUGGUGGUGGGAGUUGUGGGUACUCAAGGUGUUGGCAAAUCAUCAAUUCUAAAUCUCUUGGCAAAUGAGCAGGAAGAUUUCGACUACUAUCGCAAGGUGUUUGAGGAGGAAGAUUGUAUUUUUCCCACCAAGCUGAAGGCUAACAAAUGUUCCGCUCGUUCGAGGACUGAAUCAACACAUCUCUUUAUAACAUCGGAUCGCAUGAUUUUAUUGGAUACACCCCCAGUAAUGUCGAAUGCCUACAAGAAAGAUCUGAUUAACAACGAAUUGGAAGAUCUUGAUAGCAUUAUAACCUUAAUGUCUGUGUGUCAUUUGCUUAUUAUUGUUCAAGAUGAUUACUUCAAUUUGAGUUUUUUGAACCUAUUGAGAUUGGCCGAACUAAUGAAACCCUCGGCACAGGACAUCAAAUCGGGAUUUCUGUCAGAAUAUUUCCCCAAUGUGAUGUUUGUGAAAAAUCGGGCCAAACGUUUGGAUUUUUCUCCUGCCAACAAAGCCUGUUUGGAUCAAAUGCUAAAAGCCUUCUUUAAGGAUUCCAAAUUGCGUAUAUUUAGAGGUCAAAUUAGUGAUUCAUAUCCAUUGCCAGCGGCCAAUCCAUCUACCAAUCAGAAAAACAAAAAGAAUCGUAACCCAGAAAUGGAAUGGGAAGUUAAUAGUUUCCUAUUUCCCGAAGUUGCAGCCGAGACGGCCACCACUUAUCAUGAUUCGAUAAGUGAAAUUGUACAGAGAUUUCGUACACAAGUUUUUACCACACCCCGAAAUCCAAUGUAUUCGGGUCCCACUGAAUUGAGUGAAGAAAUUUGGUUUGAUUGGCUGACAAAGGUGUCGCAGGACAAUCAUAAUUUCUUUUUUAGUACGUACGAAUAUAUACACAGUAAAAAUUUGGAUGCCGGGGCAAGUGAAAAACUUAGUGGUGGCAUUGUGGGCUCUGGUGGUUUUAAGGAUGUUGAUAAUUGGAGAGAAUAAAAAACAAGUAAAUAAGAAAGAA